AUGUACUUGCUUGUAUUGGAUGAUGUGUGGAAUGACGAUCAAGAGAAGUGGUUUGAGUUAAAAAAAGUAGUUGCAUGUGGCUCCACUGGGAGUUCGAUUAUCGUCACCACACGCCUAAAAAAAAAUGCAGAUAUAAUGAGAACACUUCCAUCACAUCUGUUGACAGGGUUGUCGAAACAAUACUGUUGGAUGCUGCUCCGAGAACGCGCAUUCGGACAGGAGAACGAGCAAUUUCCCAAGCUUGAAGCCAUAGGGAAGCAGAUUGCGAACAAGUGUGCUGGUGUUCCUUUGGCUGCUAAGGCGCUUGGAGGUCUGUUGCGUUUUAAGAGGGAAGAGAAGGAUUGGAAUCAUGUCAAAGAAAGUGAAAUAUGGGAACUACCACAAGAAGAAAAUUUGAUACUGCCAGCCUUGAGAUUGAGCUACCACCAUCUUUCUUUGGCGGGAGCACUGGAAGCGGUGGAUGUUGGCAAUGAUAUAUGUGAUGAGCUAGUUAUGCGGUCCAUUUUGCAAUAUGAUUCCGAUGCAAAUACAACCACUUUGAUUAUGCAUGAUCUUCUUCAUGACCUCGCCCAGUCAAUCAUGGAGAACAAAAUUCCUGGAGCACAAGUCCAGAGGACGAACGUCAGAAGUGCAUCUCGCAGCAAAAUCCGCCAGUUUGAGAAUAUUAGAUGCAAGCUACCCGACUCACUUGAGGCUUUACCGAAGAAGAUGAGGUACUUAAUUAAUCUCCGUCAUCUAUUCUUGGAAUAUUGUGACUCGUUAAGGGGGAUGCCAUCUAAAAUUGGAGAACUUAGUAGCCUUAGAACAUUGAGUAAGUUCAUAGUGGGUCGUGAUGGAGGUAGACGACUUGAGGAAUUGCAACGGUUGAAGUUGGGCGGCAAUCUUAAAAUUCAUCAUCUGGAUAGGGUGAAAGACCCUAUGGAUGCAGAGAAAGCCAAUCUUGCCGAUAAAGAAAAUCUUCGUUGUCUGGGUUUGGAUUGGGGAAGUAAUGGCAAGCAUGCACUAAAAUCAGGGGAGGAAGAUUUAGAUAUAGAUGAGAAGAUGUUGGAAGCACUUGAACCUCAUCCAAAUCUCGAAAUUUUUGAGAUAAGGGCAUUCAUGGGUAGGUGUUUACCGGUUUGGAUGUCGAAUUCAACUCUGGACAAAGUAGUUGAAAUUCAUCUAAUAAACUGUAACAAUUGCUUGCGCCUACCGCAGCUGGGAAAGCUACCCCGUCUUAAAAAAAUGAGUUUAGCUACUCUGACGGCGCUGGAGUACGUUAUCGAGGAAGAAGUAGUUCGGAGUGGAAAUGCAUUAGUAAGCGCUAGACAAUUCCCAUCUCUGGAAAAACUGAGUUUGAGAUAUCUCCCCAACAUCAAAAUGUUGAUACAAGAGCAAGUGAUGAUGAGAUUAUCUGAAGCAUUCUCGAAUCUCGAGGAGCUAUACGUCGAACGCUGCCCUUCGUUAAUACUGCCACCACUGUCGACGUCCUUUACAAAGUUGAAUAAAUUGACGUGCACGAAACUCUUACUGUCUUCAUUGUCCAAUGCGGACCUGCACAACCUUACGAAUCUUCAAGUGAUUUUCGAGGAGGAGAAUAGUGGCGACGCAUGUACCGUUGGAGUUGAGACACUGCAAAGCCUCACCAAUCUCAAGAUAUUGAGUAUUGGCACAACAGAUACAACCGAACUCUCUCUGCCCGAACAAGGGCUGCAACACCUCACUGCUCUGGAGGAACUGUACAUACUCAAAUGCCCGGCGCUUGUAGAGCUGCCGGAUGGUAUUAAACACCUCCACCGCCUUCACACGGUAUUGCUACGCGACCUACCGAAGAUGGUGAGUGUACCCAAACCCUUGCAACACCUCUCGUCCUCACUCAAAAGUCUACAAAUGUACGAGCUCCCUCAGUUGAGUUCACUGCCGGACUGGUUCGGAGAUUUAACAUCUCUUAAAGAACUGUUCAUUCACGAUUGCCCAAAGAUAGCAUCACUUCCGGAUAGUAUCCGAAGAAUGACAAAUCUCCAAUAUCUGCAAGUGUGUGGAUGCCCGGAAUUGGAAAAGAGAUGCGAGAGAGCAAAGGGGGAGGACCGGCACAAGAUACAACAUAUUCGCUACUUGUACAUUAGUAGUAGUUCGUGA